UGCAUUCCACCCUGCCUCGCCCGAGAACUCGUCCGCUUUCUCAAAAAAGCGAGGCGGUGGAAAGACCUGCCAAAUCCCCUUCCUCCGGGAGCAACGAAUCCGUCGGAAUUAGUUAUUUUAAAAAGAAACCUCUCUCCCUUCCCCCUCUUCGAUCGGAUAAUUGGGAAUGGCGGAGGAUGCUGGCCCCGCGUCGGGGGUCGAUCCGGCGAAAUCCGCGGCCAGUUCGAAGAAAGAAGUCGAGCCCAUCGUGGCGGCAAAGAAGCAGCGCGGGGGAUUCGUCUCUCGCCUGUGGAAAGGGAUUUUUGGAACCAGAGAGGAUUUCGAGAAGAGAUUGCAGCAUAUCUCUAAAGAGGAGGCCUCGGUCCACGCGAGGCUCAAGAGAAGGGCUCGGACGUCGAGGAAGAUGGCCAGGAAUAUUAUUGUUCUCUCGGUCAUUCUUGAGGUGGUAGCAGUGGCUUAUGCUAUCACGACAACAAGAUCAGUGGAUUUGAGCUGGCAGUUGAGGGCAAUCAGAGUGUUGCCUAUGUUUGUUUUGCCUGGCUUAUCAGCUGCUAUCUAUUCAACACUUGUAAGCUUCACAAGAAUGCUUGAUCACAAGGACCAGAAAUUGCUUGAAAGGCUCCGUGCUGAAAGGCAAGCAAAAAUUGAUGAGCUGAAAGAGAGAACAAACUAUUACACUACACAGCAGCUUAUCCAGAGAUAUGACCUUGAUCCUGCUGCAAAGGCUGCAGCAGCAACUGUUCUGGCUUCUAAGCUGGGGUCAGAUUCUGGCUUGAAAAUCUUUGUGGGCGAUGAAUCUAAUAUUAGCACAUCACUGGGUAAAAGUAAUGAUGCUGAGCUGGUGCAAUCUACCGGACUUCGGAAUAGAAAGCCAUCGCAUGCUAGAAGCCAUGGCACUGGGAGUGGCACUAUGCCUCAGUUUGUUGAUGAAGCCUUCGAUGAAUGCGGUGCUGAUGCCCAAGAAGCUUCUCCUUCAAAUCAGAGAGUUGUUGAGCAUUAUAAAGGUUCAGGCCCUAAUGAUGGGGGAUGGCUUGCUCGAAUUGCUGCCCUGCUUGUGGGAGAGGAUCCAACACAGUGCUAUGCGCUUAUAUGUGGCAACUGCCAUAUGCAUAAUGGACUGGCCAGGAAAGAGGAUUUUCCGUACAUAACAUAUUACUGCCCACACUGCCAUGCAUUGAAUGGUUCACAACAAGCAGAGGAGCAUGAAAUAAGUUCAAGUUCUGGCAAGUCCACUCCCACCUCUCCAGUUGAUGGUAGUAGCGGCAAUUACAAAGCAAACAUGAGCUCCAUUUCUGGCAAUGCAGUCAAGAGCAGUUUAGCAACUGUUGAAGAGCUGCCUGGAGGAGAGACCGGCGAGAAAGAACUUGAUCCACAUGCUAGUUGAUUCUUAUGUAAGUAGGGGAACUGGUGAACACGGUGCCAUGUUUACCAUGUUUGUGGUGUAAUAUUGUUUGUAUUGGAUGGUUGAGUAUUUUGCGGUUGGGUUAUGUACUGUCCCCUUUUUUUGUGCGUGUAUUUUGAAGAGUGGGAGCGACUGGUUUGCAGAUGUAAGAUGAAGUUAGAAUUCCUGUUAGAUGAAUCAAUAAUUGCAAUUCUCAGUGGGCUUACAGCUUAAGGUUGCUCUGUGAUGAGUUAUAAACUUGGGUAUA